GCUCUGUGUCUCUCUGUCGUCUUUCCUCUCUCUGCUUUCAUUUCAAUCUCCGUAGGGCCAUUUCCAUUCAAAAACCCCCUUUUUUUUCAUUUCUGAAUUUGACCCCUCACACCACCCCACGUUCAUCCCCUUUCCCUCCCUCCUUUUCAAAACUCAAUCAUCACCGUAUCCGUUUCAUAAUUCAGAUACCAAACAAACCACUUCCAAUUGCGGUUACUUUCUCCCAUCAAAUCCAAUAAUACAUAUUUGAUCAUCAUCAUCAUUGAUUACACACAAUAAUUAAUAUAUUAGGGGCAGCAUUGGUGGGUUGGGUUUGGACGUAUAAUGAGAACGGAUAGGUGGGCUAAGAGCAUGGGAAGAAUUUCAAGGAUUGGGAGUUUUGCGAUUUCUUCUUCCAUUAAGGAAAACCAACAACAACCUUGUAUUACUUGCACCACUUUUAACAUUCUCGCCCCCAUAUACAAACGCAUCAAUCAUGAGGAUCCGAGUUGCCGCGAGAGCGACUACAGAGCUUAUUGGUUGGCGAGGAAUCACAGGAUAUUGGAUUGGUUAUUGAAUGAGAGGUCUUCCAUUAUCUGUCUUCAGGAAUUUUGGGUUGGAAAUGAAGAGCUUGUUAAUUUGUAUGAGAAGAGACUAGGUGACGCUGGUUAUGUCAGUUUCAAGCUUGGAAGGACGAACAACCGUGGGGACGGUCUUCUAAUAGCAGUGCAAAAGGAGUACUUUAACAUUCUUAAUUAUAAGGAGUUGCACUUCAAUGACUUUGGUGAUCGUGUGGCUCAGUUGUUACAUGUUGAACUGGCUUCUCCAUUUUCACAAUGGCGAAACAGUAAUAUUAGGCAGGAAAUUUUGAUUGUUAACACUCACCUCCUAUUUCCACAUGAUUCAACUCUAUCCCUUGUACGAUUGCAGCAGGUUUACAAGAUACUUCAAUACGUAGAAUCUUAUCAGAAUGAUUUCCAACUCAAGCCAAUGCCAAUCAUGCUUUGCGGUGACUGGAAUGGAAGCAAACGUGGACAUGUCUACAAGUUCUUGAGGUCUCAGGGAUUUGUAUCAUCUUAUGAUACUGCACAUCAAUACACUGAUGCAGAUGCUCACAAGUGGGUUAGCCACCGCAAUCAUCGGGGAAAUAUAUGUGCUGUUGAUUUUAUUUGGCUUCUAAAUCCUGACAAAUAUCGAAAACUACUAAAAGCAAGUUGGAGUGAAGCAGUUUUUGGCAUGUUCAAGUAUCUACUACGGAGAGCUUCAUUGACUGAGAGUGAUGCAUUUUCCUUUCUAAAGGUUGAUAACGAAGAUUGUAUUACCUAUUUUGGUUUCUGUGAAGCACUUAAACAGCUCAGUUUAACUGGUCACUGCCAUGGAUUGAGUGAGGAAGAGAUAAAGGACUUGUGGCUCCAAGCAGAUGUAGAUGGAAAAGGUGUUCUUGAUUUUAAAGAAUUUCUGCAGCAAAUCUGGAGUUCAACAGCUCCAGAUAGAGAUGACAACAAGAAUGGUGAUCAGGAUGACGGUUCAAAUGAUGCACAGGAGCAAACAAUUGGCUUCAGUGUGAAAAAUGCAGUUUUGUUCCCUCCAGAAGUAGAGAAAGGUAGAUGGCCUGAAGACUACUCCCUUUCUGAUCAUGCACGGCUCACUGUUGUAUUUUUGCCGAUAAGAAUGCCAUGCUCCCAGUUGAUUUGCUAACAAUGCUUUUGGCCUCUCUAGCAUAGGUUUUAGAAUUAAGACUUAUGUACAUAUAUUUCACUAUAAGAAUGGGUGAAGCAGUGGAACGAGUAAUGAAAGAUGCAACAAGAGUUCUUUUCUGGGGGGUGACUUUAAGGAGCCGGAGCCCUGUGUUGUGAUUACUGUACUGCAACAUCACACUUGACAAGGUAAGCAAGCAUAAGCAUACUAAAGAGGACAAUUUGAAUUCAGUUACCUCUAUGGUAUCCCUAGCAUUGCUGAUGAUGACAUUUGCAGUGAGCAACACUAGUCACCCAGUUUGUUUUCCCCAUUAAUUAUUCUCUAGUGGAAGAUUAGACAAAAGGAAGCAAAAUAAGAAUGAUCUGUAUAGUUGUGUAAUAGGUCCUAGGCGUCAAACCAUUUUGUAGCUUGGUAAGAUGCACCCUCUAGCUAGAGCUCUCUUAGGGGAGAAUUCAGAGACAUUGUAUCUUGUAGCAUAUUUUUCUCUUGAUACAGUUAUGAUAAAUUCAAAACUGUACGGAGUUCAAUAAACUAGUUUCACUUUAAGAACUAUACAAGCAAAACUCACUGUCAUUGUAACACAUAAAAGGUUUCCUAUUAUUUUAAGCAAUGCAAUUUUUGUUUUGAAUCCUAAACUCGGUUA